CAAUUGACAAACUCAGUUGCAAAAUGGACUGCUGUGGACUGUAUGCCAGUGAUAGGCUGAUGGUGAAUGAAAUGGAAAUAAAGCAAACAAUAUAUUGCCUCAUAAAGCUAUUUUUGGUUGCUUUUGUCUAAUCACUCGUCUGCCACAACAGCUAAUUUUUUUGCAUUAACUAAAUUAUUAUAUUUAUAGAAAUUAUUGUUAUUAUAUAUAUUAUCAUAUAUUGAAUCAUCUUUAUUUGGAUGCCUUUCUCAGCAAUUAUUGUUACAGGUCUCCAGACUUGACUAUGGAGCCAUUUCCUCCUAAACUGAAACAUUUAGUAGCCAUACUGCUGUUUUUGUUGCCAAAUUACAGAAUUGCUCGAUGGUUGUUUGGAAGGAAGAUAGAAACCGUAAGAAAGACCGCUAAAAACCAGUUAAUCAGCAGUUUUAAAAAUCAACUAAUUUAUUAAAAACAAAUCUUCUUAAUCUUUCAUUACUGUGACAGAGUGGCUCAGGCACAAAAGCUACAAGAGUCCAAAUUGAACUAAAUCCCAGAUGCAGUUUAUUGUGCUACCAUAAUACCAGAAAAAAAAGAUUUGGUACAUAACACGGGAAUCGUAAUUAUGGACAAGCCCCAAAUACUGGACUCUUAUUUUCAAAUAUCUGGGCUCCCAGGUGCUCUCACAAACAGAUGAGGGAAACAAAAUGUGCACUCGUCUCUUACAAUCAUCGUGUAUUACAAUGUAAACUCUAAUUCAUCAACAGUCCAUCAUCAGCAAUGGCAUGAUACAAAUGUCUGGUAUUCCUGUUGUCAGUUGUGAACUCAAUGAUGGUUGAUUCACGAUAUGAUUUGCUGAGAAAGUGACUAAUUCAAACUGCUUACCUCAGGUCCUGAGCUCAAACCCGUUUCGAGAAUCUUUUCAGCUGAGUCGUUAAAAAACGACCCUUUUCAAAAGAGUCAUUUGUUUGCAAAUUGGACAUCAUGGCUCGCGCUGUGCUUGUUGUGUGCAGCGAGCCCAUCUCAACAGAAAAGGGUGAAAAGCGGCGAAAGGCAUACCGGCGUGCGAUCUAAAGAUGUAAUUCAUUAACUUACAAGAUGAUAUCUGACAAAAUCAUAUAUGAACACUCACAAAGUGUUGCUGAUUGUCGCCAAUGGCGACUAUAUUUUUAAUUAUUUAAAUUACGCAAUUAUUUAUUUUGUGUUGUUUUUGCAACCAUUUUAGUCGCAGUCUGGAAUAUAAGCUAGCCAAAAUAAGCUAGCCAUUAAUUGUGAUUUUAUUAUUCAGCAUUUUGUGUAAUUAAUUUGAUUAAAAUAUUUAAUCAAUUGACCUAUAAUUUAUAUUUUUCUAUUUAUUAUGUUUUCUGAGCAAUACACAGAGAUAUUAUCAGGUGUUCAGACUGAGCAGGUUAAGCCCUUCAGCGAAGUCCAUGUAGCGAUGCGUCAUCAUGGGACCAGAGAUGAUAAAGGAAAUGAUAAUCCGAUUCCCUAGUGAGAUCUCUAUGAUUAUGGAAUAAAUAAUUCUCUGUACGUGUUGGACCUGUUGGCAUUAUUUUGGGUUAUAAGACUGUAUCACUCCCAUACAGGGCAUUUUACAGUAAUUCUGAAAAUAACAAUAGUAUUAUUGGUAUUACCCCCAGAAUUUUCGUUCAGUAAACAAUAUCAGCUCUGAGUGAGCUGGAGCAUAAAAGGAAGACUUGGAUUAACUGCCUCUUGGGAUACAAGCCAUUUGUCACUCAAUCAUAUUAGCUUCCAGUAUUGCCACUCAUUCAUUCUGUUUCCCACAUCACAAAUUAUAUUUAGGUCAUCAUAUACUACGUACUCCCUGUUGAUAAUAUUGUGUUGACUAAGCACUUCAGCAUUUAAGGAUUUUGUUGUGAUUGAACACCGAUGUUUGGGGAUAGACAGCUGAAGUAUUUGGGUAGUCUCUACAGUUUCCUUCAGUUCCCAACACAGGAUUCUAUUUUAGUCUUACUCUUCGGAACUGCCAUUCCAUGUCCCUGACCCCACCACCAUUGUUGGCAGUGUUUUUGGAUGUGUUUUCACUUUAUGAUUGAUCUGUGUGGCCUCUCUUUUUUUUUUUUUUUCUUCUUUCUGAUGCCUCUUUUCUGUUCUCAGCUCUCUUUGGAUCCAUUUCUUUUGCGGAAUGCAGAGCCAAACGGGACAUAGUUUGGGCUUAACCAUACAUUUCUGAUAGUGAAAUCUUGAAUACAAAUGGGACUUGGAGUGCAGUCAUGGUGCAUUAAACAUCCUCAAUGUGAAAGAUAGUUCCUUUAUUCCCAUUCACUCAGCAAAGCCCACUAUGACUGGCACAAGCAACCACUAUUUAUGAGGGUGUCAACAAGCCUACAAUGAAAGAUCACCAAGCAAUCCGAGGAGGACAGAUGAAGGUGAAGUAUGUUUAUGAAGACACCUACAACCGGAAAGUAGGCGGUGUGAGCCAGCACAAUGGCUCAAGCCAUGUACCAGCCAAGCCCCAACCUGUGAUCUCCAAAGAGAAAAGUGUGGACAGUAACAGUUCUAUUAAAUCCUCAGAGAGCUCAACAAAAGUCACAAAGCUUGCCACCCCAAUGACCCCAGAACAAGCCCUCAAGCAACACAGGCAGCAACUGACCACUUUGGAGCAGCAGGAGAUCCACAAUUAUCCUGAGAUCUUUUUCCUGGGACCAAAUGCCAAGAAGAGGCAGGCAGUGGCAGGGGGCACCAACAACUGUGGAUAUGAUGACGACCAGGGAGGUUACAUUCAUGUACCUCAUGAUCAUCUUGCCUAUCGUUAUGAGUUUCUCAAGGUAAUCGGCAAAGGUAGUUUUGGACAGGUGGCAAAGGUUUAUGACCAUAAGUUACAGCAGCACCUUGCCUUGAAGAUGGUGCGCAAUGAGAAGCGCUUUCAUCGGCAAGCUGCGGAGGAGAUCAGAAUUCUGGAGCACCUGAAGAAGCAAGAUAAGACUGGCGGUAUGAAUGCAGUCCACAUGUUGGAGAAUUUCACCUUCCGCAACCACAUUUGCAUGACUUUUGAGCUGCUUAGCAUGAACCUGUAUGAGCUCAUUAAACGCAACAAAUUCCAGGGUUUUAGUCUGCCGCUGGUACGUAAGUUUGCACACUCUAUUCUCCAAUGCCUGGAGGCUCUCCAUCGCCAUAAGAUCAUCCACUGUGACCUGAAACCAGAGAACAUCUUACUGAAGCAGCAAGGCAGGAGUGGCAUCAAGGUCAUUGAUUUUGGCUCCAGUUGUUUUGAUCACCAGAGGGUCUACACUUAUAUCCAGUCCCGUUUCUACAGGGCGCCAGAAGUCAUCUUGGGUUCUCGAUAUGGUAUGCCUAUAGACAUGUGGAGCUUUGGCUGCAUUCUGGCAGAGCUGCUAACAGGAUACCCUCUGUUUCCUGGAGAAGAUGAAGGUGACCAGCUGGCCUGCAUGAUGGAGUUACUGGGCAUGCCCCCUCAGAAACUGCUGGAGCAAGCAAAGCGUGCCAAGAACUUCAUUAGUUCCAAAGGCCACCCACGCUACUGCACAGUCAGCACGCUUGGCAAUGGCACCAUAGUGCUCAAUGGGAGUCGUUCUCGCAGAGGAAAAAUGCGAGGUCCCCCAGGCAGUAAGGAGUGGAUGACAGCCCUCAAGAGCUGUGACGACCCCACAUUCAUUGACUUUCUGAAGAAGUGUCUGGAUUGGGACCCUAGUACUCGAAUGACACCUGUUCAGGCUUUGAGACACCCCUGGCUCUACAAGAGACUGCCCAAGCCUGCACCUUGUGGAGAGAAGUCAAUGGUGCCCAAAAGGAUCACAGAGCACAGCACCUCUUUCCCCACCAUCACCUCCAAGAUACCACCUGUCAUGGGCCCAACCAACAACAAACUGCGGACCACCUUGAUGGGGGACUCCAAUGGAAGUAUACCCUUGCGCACAGUGCUGCCAAAGCUCGUUUCAUAGGGAUUCCUUAGAUUUUCAGGGAUUAAAGACAUAUUUGUAGCAGUUUUCGAAGUGGAUUUUUCUUGUUUGUUGGUUUGUGGAUUUUUCUAAAUGAAUUUCAAAACUAUGUUUUGACUUUUGAUUUUUAUUGAAGUGUAACUAGCAAAAAAAAAAGCUAUUUUAUACAAUAUGUAACUAACUAUACCAUGUUUUAAUCAAAUGGCCUUUGGAAAGGAGUGUGGAAUUGAACAUUUUUAUCUGGGCUGUUUUUUUUUACAACUUGGUCUGGAACGGAAUGCUGUUGAUUGAGGUGGGUGAAAUACUAAUGCUGACUGCUCAUAGUCCUGUCCUUUCUGAGGUUUCCACUGCUCUGGUUCAGACAAACUUAAAACGUUUGCAUCUUUAAGGGCUGUUUUUAGGUGUGUGUGAUUCUUAGCAUUUUUAAGGGCUUUGAGUGGAAUUUUUCCCAUUUUGAAUUCUUCAAGCAUCUGGCUCUAAUCUAGAAUUAAAACCCUGAAAAUAAUAUGAUCAUAAGUUAUUAUAAGCAUCUACAGAAAACUUGAUGCUUGAUAAUAGUCUUGAUUUCACUAAUUCAGAACAACACAUUGCUAGUUUUAUUCUAUUUUAAGAGUAUACUUCCCAUUAACUUGUCCUGUUCCUUGGUUCCCCUCACCCCAGUGUGUCAUGGAGAGUUUAAGGCCUCGCAUAUUUCAGUCCAUAACACUGUUUAUUUUUGUAGAAGUUGUUGCUUUGGAUAAGUCACCCUAGAGCAAGAUGUAAGAAAGUUAGACUUGUUUGUGAGUGGCAGAGUAACAGUUGCCUAUGUCAUUUAGGGCCUCAAUGCUAUUUGAAGGCCAAGCCCAUUCCUUUAAAGUGUUGGGAAAGAUGGGCGCUACUGCUAUUGCACAGGUGUUGGAGUGUUUUUAUUAGUGCGACUUUGAAAGAUAUUGAUCAGGUUUUACUUGAAGGCAAUUGGCAGGAUCACGUGUUUGCCUGUACAUGUAAAUAUGGGUUCUCCAAAGCUAAUGGUGGGGGAAGGGAAUUGCACGUUUGCAGUGUUUUCAGUACCAGUGUGCUGUUUGCCCUGAGCAAUGAUAGAUACCAAACAGCCAGUGUGAGGCUGUGACCUGAGCAAAGUUGAUAAACAUGUUCACUGUACAGGAUAAACAUGUUCACUGUACUGGACAAAUACAGAAGCCUCUCAUAAAGUAGAUGACCACAUUGCCUUUAAGAUAUUUUUUCAGUCCUCUUAACCACAACCUUGUCCUCAAUUUUGAUCAACCAUUUCACUUUUGUUUUGUUCUAUUUAGCCUGUUGUGACUACAACAACCGCUGUAUACACAGUGUUGGUGUGGGAAAAGAUGACAUUACGUGCACAUGGGCAAUUCCCCUCCCCCAAAGCUUAACAUCAGGAUAUAGAGAGGUUAUUUCUCACCGUCUGCUGACUGACUCCAUUUGAGAGUGAUGUGGUAUUGUGUAGUCUGGAAUAUCUCUACAUAGUGACCUACAUUCUUCCCCUCUCACUCUUCCUCAGUCCUUGAGGUUUACAAGACAGCAUCCUGUUCUUUAUACAGUUGAGCAAGCAGCACAUUUACCCAACUUGUUUGGUGAUCAUUCAUAAUGGCGUUGGUCAGUGUCUUCACUUUGAGUAUUUCUUAUUAGAGGGUCUCUGGCAGACUAUUCUGUUUUCCAGUGAAAUAGUUACUCUUAGGAUGAAAGUUUUUUAUUUUUUAUGAUCUAUUGUAAGCAUGUUUAUUGACACUGCCUCACUUUUUCUAGCUUUGAAUUGAACACUGAAUUGUUGCAAGGUAAGACACUAAUCUGCUAAUGGACUGUGAAACUGAAAGGUGCUUAACCCAAUGGCCCUGACAGGUGCAUGCAAAGCAUCUGUGCAGUGUGCACUACCUGGACCAAGGUUAGAAAUAAGGAAACCAGACAAUUGGUUGCAAAAGUCCCCUUAAUUGAAAAAAAAAAAACUUAUGGUAAUUUCCAUUUUACUAUAUUUUGAAAUCGCCUCUUUCUCAGGCAUUAACCCCAUUAUGAGGUUUAAUGGAGAUUUACAUAUGAUUCCACAUGUCUAGCAGGUGCAACGACAAUUAAGCACUCAAAAUAAGAUAGGUGUCAGGAGAUAGCUUAUAUAUAGCUUUAGAUACAUUGGUGCUCACAUUAAGUCCUCUAUAACGUUUCUGUCCAAUCAUAAACAAUUUUGGGUUCAUACUUCAUCUCCCUCAAAGUUUCGAUGGUUCAGUGUCCUCUUGGAAUAUAUUAGGGAAAACCGCAGUUAAUGAGAAGUAUCCAGGCAAAAGUGGUGUAAAAGUUGUUUUUGGUGUUGUUUGUCUACCUCUUUUUCUCUAUCUACCUUCUCUCCAGCACACAAAUAACAGCAUCUCGCUCACUCGGCAUCUUCCUGCUUUGCUUCAAUGUCCCUGCCUGUUUCCAUUAACAUGAAUUUUUCACCAAAGCAUCUGUUCACGUUAUUGUUUCUCUUUGGUUUGUCUCCGUGCGUGGACCCCUUGGUAUAAGGGGAAUCUACUUCUGUGCCUUUAACUGAACAUACUUGGCUAAAUCAUCAAGGCUCAGCACGGGUUGACUAAUGUUUCUCUUCCAGAUUAAUGGUCAGGUUUUUGUACUACUAUUAGUUCACCCUUUUAUAGAGUUUUUACUGUUAUUCAUAUUUUACAGAGAGAUAAAAGAGAUAACGCUGUAAUUUUCCUUUAUUGAUGUUUGUCAUUUGAUUAUGUGGUUCACAGAGCAUGGUACAUACAGAACGCAUGAAAGUAAGUGACAAACGAAAAGGAGUAAAUGAAGACUUACAUGAUAAGAUGUAAGUAGCCAAAUGAGCUUGUAUUAGUUUCUUGAAUGAAAAAAAAAAAAAAUGAAAUAAAAUCAAUAU